UUGAUUAUGCACUGGAAGCUGCAGGCGCUGCUGGAUGCGCUCUUGCUGCUGCUUCUCCUAGCCUUAGACGCCCGCGAUCUGUGGUACAAGACGCGAUGGCUCGGGCCGAGCGACGCCUACGCGUUCACCACCAAGAACUCGGUGCGGCUUCUGGAUCUGUCAGCAACCUCCGAAGAGAAGACGAUGAACGAGAGCUCGACUGGCUGGCGCGCUUUCCACGCCACUUGCAGCGAGUUGCGUGCUCUGAGUGGCAAUCGCUGGACCGGGGGACGAGGACAUUCCCACUUCCUCCACGUGCUCGCAACCAACUGCUCGGCGCCUGACGGUCUCACUGAAGACAUGGAGCCUCAGUUCCCUACGAUGAUUCUCACCAGUGAUAUGCGAGCGGAUGCGAUGGCGUGGGCGGCCUGCAAGCUGCUGUACAUGUCGCGACGACCGCCGCUGUGCCAAGACGCCAUGAUCACGCAGUUCUUGCACAAGUAUCGGCUCGGAUCACCGCACGUGACUAGUGCCGUGAUGGCGCCUCCAAUGUCGGCAGCUGAGCGUGAACUGAAGGCUCUGCUGGACGUAAUCGGCAAGAGCAUGCCUCUGAGCUCCGUAGUGUGCGUCGGAGGCGUUGAGCUUCCGAGUAGCGACCAAGAACCAGACCGUCAAGGAGAUUUGAGACGCAUCUUUGGCUGUGCAAGCCCCGAUUUACCCGGCAGAAGUGCAGCCUUCGUCGGACAGUUCGCAACGGGCUUCGCGGCGCUGCAAACGGACAAGGCUCGGCUCACAGCGGACGACGUGGACAUCCUGGGGAUGCACUUCAUCUUCCGUCAAAAUGCGGUCCGGAGCUACACUUACUAUUCGUCCCUCUCGGCAGCUUCCGGUCGGGAAGGCCAGACAUCGUUUCAAGGCCGGGUGGAGGUGCGCACAGCACUCAACUUGAGCUGCUCUGGGUUCCUGUACAAUGUCAUGAUUUUGAUAGAUCUGGUGCUGUUGGUGAUGCACGCGUGGAGCGCUGCUGAGCUACUGGAACGUCUUGUUCUUCCCCCACUGCUGCGGACACCGACCAAGCAGGAGAUGAGGGAUCUCAUCGAGGGCGAAGGACGCGGGACGUUAUUCACCUGCUCUUUGGUACACAGCUCGCCGGUUGCGCUGCUUACCAUUCUGUCCGCUUUGCUGUCGUGGCUGCUGCUACUACCACACACCGCAGUGUGGGCGCUUAGUGGUGACGAAGCUUCCGUCUCAGUUGCUGCGUUGAAUACCCUACUAUCUGCAGUGCGCGUGUGGGUACUGCUACUGCUGCUCGUGCACAGUCUUUGGGGCGUGUUUGUUCUCAUUGACGAAGGACGCGCAUACAUGCUGGCAUCGCGCACAUUUGUGUCGAGCAACGAGCUUGUGGCGGCUGUGGUUCUUGCAGGCUGUAUCCUGCGCAGUCGUUUGAUGUCCAUUCUGCCUACGAAACACGACAUGGAGCACCAGCGGAUUGUCGAUGGAGCCGCGUUUCCGGGUAGAAUGGCAAUCAGCAACGCUUUCGAAGACAGGAUAUACUUGCUUCCGGCUCGCUCACGGAACCCCGUGCUGUGGAUGAUCUACGAGCCGUUGGUGGAGUUGCUGCUGGUCUCGUUGCUGAUCGUUGGGAUUGGCAUGACGGCUCGCUACUUGUUCCACGAUUACCGUCGUCGCCGGGUUACUAAAGCUGUGGCUGCUGUUGUCGAGGUUCAGGAAGUUCACCCACGGCCGUCGAAUAGAAGACCUUCGAUCGCUGGGUUCUCGUCUGCUCAGGCGGCAAUGGCUGGGUACAAGAGACUCCCACUGGAAGAGCUGCUGGACAUUCCUAUUCGAUCGAAACACAUUGUUCGUAGCGGUGGCAUUGGCAUCGGCAGUCUGGAGAAAACUGUGGGGGACGAGCAGUUCCUCUGGCCAGUGCAGUACCUCUCGCACGGCGUGUUGCUCGAAAACGACCGCUUUCUGAGCGCGCGCCGCGGCUUCUAUCGCGUGCUGCCCGAGAAAAAAUCCAUGGACACGGGCUUCGGUCGCCACAGCCACGAAGCGGCUGCCAAAGAGAGCAACGGGUCGCCCAAGCGCCGAAGAUACACGUCGAACAUGUUGUACUGAUGGGCGUGUUGCUCAAUUCUUCGACGCGAAAAAUAAACCCUCCUCUACAUCG